CCCCGCGUGCAAGGCGCGGCGGGCCGCGCGGCCGCUCCUCCGCGAGGCUGCGCGGCGGGGCUGGCCGGGCCGGAGGAGUGCCCGGCAUGUCGCAAGUGCUCCCGGCGGCCGGCAGCGUCCUGCAGAGGAGCGUCGCGGCGCUGGGGAACCAGCCGCAGCCCCAGAGCCCAGACGAUGAUGACCGGAAGGUCCGAAGGAGAGAAAAAAACCGAGUUGCUGCUCAGAGAAGUCGGAAGAAGCAGACCCAGAAGGCUGACAAACUCCACGAGGAGUACGAGUGCUUGGAGCAGGAGAACACUGUGCUGCGGCGAGAGAUCGGGAAGCUGACAGAGGAGCUAAAGCACCUGAGCGAAGCACUGAGGGAGCACGAGAAGAUGUGUCCGCUGCUGCUGUGCCCCAUGAACUUUGUGCCGGUGCCCCGGCCGGACCCUGUGGCUGGCUGCCUGCCCCGAUGAAGCCCGAGGCUCGUCCUCCUCUGCCGACGGAGGAGCCUUGGUCUUCUUCACACCUGGUGGGGGAAGGGUUCCCUCCGUGUCUGUGUCCAGGGGGAACCGGUGGCCAGGUCACCUCCUCGGAGCUCCUGGCCGUGUCCUCAGCACACAGCUACCACAGGAUGCUCCUGAGGGCACCUCUCGGAGCCCUGAGUGGAUCCGGGC